AUGCGCCCAGUCAAUUAUUUUCCAACCAAUUUCGCCAUUGGCUCUAAGUAUAUGAACCGACUGGAACCUGAGCUGUCACUGCAGUUCGAUCCGCCGAAUCUGGAGGAGGCCGUUUGUCAAUACCAACGAUUCCUGCGUCGCACUGUCGACAAUAUGCGAGCUGGAAGGUUGAUAGAGGCUCGUGGACUUUUACAAGAAUUCUCCAAAUGGCUCGUGACAAAUGCGCGGCAUUUAGUUGAACGAGGGACCUUGGCCAGUUACUAUGGCCGUACCACAGAAGUCGCACUCCCAGGCAAGAACGUGAAUAGUGCGUAUUAG